AUGGUAAAUAUUCAGCCAACACUACAAUCGUCUUCCCAAGCAGCUGCUCCUCCGGUCCUCCCUCCUGCAGGCUGCAGGCUGCAGGCUGCAGCCAUCCCUCGCUGCCUCCCCCCUUCCCGCCAAGUGUCAGCCAUGCGGGAUCCACGUCGCCCCCUCCACCGCCUCCUGCUGCUGCUCCUCCUCCUCCACCACCUGCUCUUCCUCUCCUUUUCUGUCCCGGCAACGGCCACCGCCGCGCCGGCGCCAAGAACCGGCGGCAUCGCGAGCCUCGCCGGAAUGGCGUGGCCAACAAAGUGCUCAUGGUUACCCUUGCCAACCUGUGGGAAGAGCCACUCAUAUACUCUUGUCUCCAAAUACCACAAGAUUUGGAAGGAUACAAAGGAAGCUGUUUCUGCAAAAGAUGUUUUCAGAAAAGAACCAAUUAGUGGUGUGAUUGCCUUGAAGGGUUCCAUGAAGUACUUUGAUGCUGAUUUUUUCAACGAUUCAAAAUUACGGGAGAUGGAAGAUGGUGCAAAAGAAUUUAAUGUACCUGCGUUUAGAGACAACCGGAAAUUGGUAGCUGUGGAGAACGGUGGAUUGCAUAACCCAUCUGCUCUGGUCUUCAAAUCAUCAUGGAGUGAUGAAAGCAAAAUCAGUGAGAGAAAAAGAUUUGACUACCCCCAUAGUUCUUCAGUAUAUCGCCCUAUUAAAGAUGAAGAUAUUGCAUUUAUGUCGAUAAUUGAGCUCGGAGAGCUAAUCAGGACAAAACAGUUAACAUCACAUGAACUUACUGAUGUGUUCUUAAGGAGAUUAAAGAGGUAUGGUCCUGUUAUCAAAUCCGUUAUUACUGUCACUGAUGAUUUAGCAUACCAACAAGCAAAAGAGGCAGAUGACUUGCUGGAGCAAGGAAAAUAUCUUGGUCCCUUGCAUGGCAUCCCAUAUGGCCUUAAAGAUAUAAUUGCAGUGCCAGACUACAAGACUACUUGGGGCUCAAAAACUUUUGAGAACCAAGUUCUUGAUAUUGAAGCCUUUGUCUACAAAAGACUGAAGUCUGCUGGCGCAGUCCUUGUAGCAAAACUUGUAACAGGUUCACUUGCCUACGAUGAUAUAUGGUUUGGGGGAAGAACAAGAAACCCCUGGAACAUUGAGGAGUUUUCUACUGGGUCAUCAGCAGGGCCAGCAGCUAGCACCUCUGCAGGAAUGGUUCCUUUUGCAAUAGGUUCAGAAACUGCAGGUUCCAUAACAUAUCCAGCCGCUAGAUGUGGAGUAACUGCUUUGCGCCCAACAUUUGGAACAGUUGCACGGACCGGCGUCAUGAGCAUUUCAGAGAGCUUGGAUAAACUUGGUCCUUUCUGCAGAAGUGCAAUAGAUUGUGCUGUCGUACUUGAUGCAAUUCGUGGCAAGGAUGCUAGCGAUCCUUCAUCUCGUGAAGUUGCUAUAGAGGAUCCCUUUCAUGUUGACAUCACACAACUCACUGUUGGAUAUCUUGACAGUGCUGAGAUGGAGGUUGUUAACGUUCUUUCGGCCAAGGGCGUUAAGCUUGUGCCUUUCAAGCUGAAUUACACCGUCGAAUCAGUCCAGUCCAUUCUGAACAUCACAAUGGAUGUUGACAUGCUUGCACACUUUGACAACUGGCAACGUGAGGGACAUGAUGAUGACUAUGAAGCUCAAGACCAAUGGCCGGUGGAGCUUCGCCGUGCACGGUUAAUCCCAGCAGUAGACUAUAUGCAGGCGCAGCGAGCGCGGUGUAAACUGAUAAAAGAAGUCAGAGAGAGCUUCACCGUCGACGCAUUCAUUGGCAAUGUGACUGACUGGGAGCUCGUUUGCCUGGGAAACCUUGUGGGGAUGCCGGUGGCCGUGGUGCCAACGGGCUUCAAGAGCAUCGAGAACCCACCCGAAGCCGGCACGAGGAGAAGAACCACCGUGACCACAGGCAUCUACGCUCCUCCUGACCAUGACCACAUUGCCCUAGCCCUGGCAAUGGCGUACCAAUCUGUCACCGACCACCACACACAGCGGCCACCGAUCGACGAUCUAGGCCCCGACGACAAUGUACACCGGUAAGAAGCUGCCUGAUUAUUGAGUGAUGAUGGGGGCGUGUGCAUCAGAGCUGAAGUUUCAGAUCAUCAAACCCAAUGUGUUAGUUUCAUCGAGAAAAAUGAGAUGUAGUAAUAUGACCUUGCAGAAUCUGUCUCAGUUGCAAGUCAUUUGGAGAAAGUAAAGGAAAUGUUUAUAUAUGUAUACACAGCUUAGUGAAAAGAUAUGUAUAGUCUAAUGGUUGCAAUGAUCUAAGUAGAACUUAAGGUAAUGAGUUUAAAUCUUCAUAGAAGCAUGAUAAAUUUCAGGUUGGGUUAUUUUGAGGGGCUAAGUUACUACCGGCAAUAUUUUGUCAAUUUC